AUGAACUCCUGUUCAUCAGGAAUCCAGGAGUACGUGGAGGCGGUCUCCUUCCUGCACUACAUCCGCCAUCGCAGCCUCGUCAGCCUGGAGGAGAUCAACGCCAGGCUGGUGUUCACGAGAGCAGCGGGGCCGGAUCCAAAGGGCUCGGUUGAAGCUGCACCUUCAGGAGCUCCUGUCCUGACGUUCCAGGUGACGCCGUCCGACUACCUGCUGGGCGUGGCCGACCUGACGGGGGAGCUGAUGCGGAUGUGCAUCAGCAGCGUGGGCAACGGCGACAUCGACACGCCCUUCCAGCUGAGCCUGUUCCUGCGGCAGAUCUACGACGGGUUCUCCUACAUCGGGAACACGGGCCCGUACGAGGUGUCCAAAAAGCUGCACACGCUGCGACAGAGCCUGGGUAAAGUGGAGGACGCCUGCUACACCCUGCGCGUCCGCGGCUCGGAAAUCCCCAAGCACAUGCUGGCUGAUUUGUUCUGCAGCAGAACCGCCCACAUCGACCCGGAGGAGGGGGUCGUUUAACUCUGCACCGGUGGAUCAGUGAUGUCCUUGAUGUUCUGUGUUUGCUGUUUUAACAAGAUUUAAAAAGAUGCUUUGGGCCCGUACUUGUUAAGUUGUUACAAUGUUUGUUUCUU